AUGGCCCGCUCCCGGAGCCCUUCACGCCCUUCAGCACGUUCGGCGCAGCCCUCGGUGGCCUUCGUCACCUUGGCCUCGGCGGAGUAUGGACCGGGCGCGUUGGUGUUGACCGCAGGUCUUCGGCGUCGCUUGCCGCUGGAUGUGGAGGUUAUUGCCUUUAGCGAGGCCGAGCUCUCGCUGGUGCCAGGGGUGACCUUGAGAGCCUUAUCGGAACUGCCAGAUGUACCUGUACCUGCUGGCGUGGGGGAGCCUUUGAUGGCGAAUUUCAGCUUUUGCUGGAGGAAGCUUGGCCUGUGGGCACUGACGGAAUAUGACAUCAUUGUCUACAUGGAUUCGGACAUUUUGAUUUUGAAUGAGGUAGAGUCUUUGCUUGAGUUUGUUCCUUCACGAGGGAUGUUGGCCGCAGUGCCUGCUUGCGAAUGUUGGAGAAGUGAAUCAUGCAAUUACACAGCCCAAGAAGCUGGUGGCGGUGACUUCUACUUCAAUGCUGGGGUGCUCGUUUUUCGCCCUAGUGCAUCGAUUUUCUCGGAGAUGAUAGCUUGGCUCAAGGAUCACCACCAACAUGGAGCUGUGUCUGAGGUCUUGCCGCCCAUGCCCUUUGCUGAGCAGGAUUUUUUGAAUCAAUUUUUCCGGAAGAAGGUGCGCAGGUUGCCACCAAUCUUCAAUUCGCUACAGCAUGCCAUGCGCAACCCAAAGCAUCAAGCUGACCUGAAUACAAGUACUUGUGUCGCUUUGCAUUAUGUCAUGGGAAAGCCUUGGGCUCCGAAAACGUUGCUUGAAGAAGACUUCGCUGACUUCCACGCUCUUUGGCACGAAGCACGUCAGGAAUUUGCUGCACGUGCUUGUGCGCGACCAGCUUGGCCACUCCGGCAGGUUCAUGAAGAACUUCCACUCUUCUUGGUGCGAGACUACAUCAGCCGAGAGGUGGAAGGAUCGUUGGUGUCUCUGAUCUAUGGGGACUUCCUCAAAGAUCGCUGGAUCCAGCUGAGGAAUCGUGCUCUGCUGUGCUUAGGAGGUGUUCCCCAUCCGGAGGGUGCCAUUUGUGAGGACUUGCCCGUGGAAAUCGCCGAGCUUGGACGUGGGCUAGUUGAUGCUGGUGGGAUGUCUAGCGUUCCAGACCAGUGCCUAAUCAAUCAAUACCUUCCUGGACAGGGCAUUGACGCUCACAGUGAUGGCCCGAGAUUCGAAUCAGAAGUGGCCAUUCUCACUUUGGAAGGCCCUGCCCUCAUGUAUUUCGGCCUAGUGGAAAAGAAGAUCUAUCCAUCUCUCCCCCCACGCUUGGAGCUGCUCUUGGAACCCCGUUCCUUGCUGGUCCUCAAGCGUGAAGCUUAUGAGCUCUAUGUCCACCGGAUCGAUCAUGUCACGGUGGAUGUGACUCAAACGGGCCACUCGUUUCGGGUUACGAAAGGCUUUUGGUCUUGUCUUUUCGCACGCGAGCCUGGCAGCUGCGCCUUCGUGGGCGGGGCGUUCGCCUGCCUUGGCUCCUUCGCGGGUGAAAAAAUCCCCCGCGCUCCUCGUCGCACCUCUUUGACCCUGCGGCGCUUAAAGCACGUCCAGCUGAGGAGUGAGGAGGUGAAGGACGAAGUAGCACGUAGCGCCAAGAUGGAACAAUGGAGAUGGUGGAACUCACAGAUUAGUGAGAUUGACUAG